UCAUUCUUUCCUCAUUUCGAUUUGUCUGUCUGUCUUAUAUCUAUCGCUUCUUUUUGGACUUUUUUCAUAUUUAUUUUUUAAUGUUGGUAUUUUUGUGUGGUUUCCUAGCAGUGUGUUCUGUGUAACCUCAACACAACCUUUCCGCUGAACUCCUCACUCUAUAUGACUCCUGUAGGUUUAAUGCUCUCCGUAUCUCCGCCCAUCCGAACACAAGUGAAUUCGGACGUGACACUGCGAACAAACGUCCUUGUGUCACUAUGGCUGAUGCCGAGUUAAGUCUGCUGUACCACGGUCUCAUCUUGCCCAAGGAAACUCAUUCACAGGAAAGCCUCGACUACAUGGAGAAUCUAACAUUCAAAGAUGACGAUGUCGUCGGCGUUACCUAUCCCAAAUCUGGUACCACAUGGAUGCAGGAAAUUCUUCCUCCGCUCCUGCGUGGAGGAGAUCUGACUGCUGUGAAGACCAUCCCGAACUGGGACAGGGUCCCAUGGAUGGAGGAGACUCGAGCACCCCUCGUCAUGGAUAAGAUCCCCUCACCUCGAGCCAUGGUAUCCCACAUGCCUUAUCAACUGAUGCCCCCCUCAUUCUUCACCUCUAAGGCUAAGGUAAUCUAUGUUACUCGCAAUCCCAAAGAUGUGUUAGUUUCAUCUUUCCACUUUCAUAAAAUGGCCAGUUUCCUCGAUGAACCUGGAACAUUUGAAGAAUUCACUGACAAGUUCCUGGCAGGAAAAGUGCUUUUUGGAAAGUGGACUGACCAUGUGAAAAGUUGGAGAAACCCUGAUCUUGGGGAAAGAAUUCUCUACGUCACCUAUGAAGAAAUGAUUCAGGACCUUCGUGGAGUUCUGAAGCGGAUGUUGAACUUCCUCGGUCGUCAGCUCAGCACAGAGGCUUUGGAUUCUGUGGUCAAUCACUGCUCAUUUAAAAAUAUGAAAACAAAUAACAUGUCAAACUAUUCUCUUGUGCCGGAAGAGAUCAUGGAUAGCAAGAAAUCAUCCUUUCUCAGAAAAGGUAUCUCUGGAGACUGGAAAAAUCACUUCAGCCCUGAACUUGAUGACAAGUUCACAGCAGCAAUUCAAGAGGAGCUGAAAGACAGUAACAUCAAAUUCCCGUGGGAUGACGAAUGAGACAGAAUCUCUUUAACUGACAUCUCCGUGAACAUGAAAAUAAAAAGUUGUAGUAGGAACUUGC